CAGGACAAACGACGGUCUUUGUAGUCCAGCUGCACUAACCCUGUCAGUCAGAAGGGUAAGCGGCGCUUUAGUGAGAAAAUACAAGUACAGAACAUAAUGGCUUCCAUGUUGCUGAGCUCGAUGAGCUGCGCGGUCAGCCCGGCCAGGGCCGUGUACUUUGCGACACGCUCCCUCAGCACAGCAGCUCAGUUACAAGCUCAGGCUCAACUCAAGACAAAGAAGACACUCGCUCGGCCUGGUGUGAAAAACAUUGUUCUAGUAGAAGGAGUUCGGACCCCUUUCCUGUUGUCUGGAACCACAUAUGCUGACCUGAUGCCCCACGACCUGGCCAGAGCAGCUCUGCUGGGUCUGCUGCACAGAACAGGUUUACCUAAAGAUGCUGUGGACUACAUCAUUUUUGGCACAGUUAUUCAGGAAGUCAAGACGAGCAACGUCGCAAGAGAAGCAGCACUGGGUGCUGGCUUCUCUGAUAAGAUUCCAGCACACACUGUAACCAUGGCCUGCAUUUCCUCCAACCAAGCGAUGACUUCAGCUGUUGGUUUGAUUGCUGCUGGCCAGUGUGACACUGUUGUGGCAGGCGGAGUGGAGUUCAUGUCUGAUGUUCCUAUCCGGCACAGUCGUAAGAUGAGGAAAACCAUGCUGUCCCUGAACAAAGCCAAAACCCUCGGCCAGAGGCUGAGUUUGCUCGGCAGCAUACGACUGGCUCACUUUUCCCCUGAGCUUCCUGCAGUGGCUGAGUUCUCCUCAGCAGAAACUAUGGGCCACAGUGCUGAUCGCCUGGCUGCUGCAUUUGAGGUUUCUAGGGUCGAGCAGGAUGAGUUUGCUCUACGAUCACAUAGUCUGGCCAAAAAGGCUCAGGAGGCUGGUCUACUGCAGGAUGUUCACUCCUUUAAAGUGCCAGGUCGUGAUAUUGUUUCCAAGGACAAUGGCAUCCGUCCAUCCUCCAUGGAGCAGAUGGGCAGACUGAAGCCCGCCUUCAUUAAACCUCAUGGCACCAUCACUGCUGCCAACGCUUCUUUUUUGACUGAUGGUGCCUCUGCUGUGCUCAUCAUGUCUGAAGAAAAAGCUUUGGCGAUGGGUUACAAGCCUAAAGCCUACCUCAGAGACUUUGUCUACGUGUCGCAGGACCCGAAAGAUCAGCUGCUGUUAGGACCAACAUAUGCCACGCCCAAAGUCCUGGAGCGUUCCGGCCUGAACAUGAGCGACAUUGACGUCUUUGAGUUCCACGAGGCGUUUGCUGGGCAGAUCUUGGCAAAUCUGAAAGCCAUGGACUCUGACUGGUUCGCGCAAACGUAUAUGGGCAGGAAAUCAAAGGUUGGGACUCCUUCCAUGGAUAAGUUCAACCUCUGGGGAGGGUCUCUGUCUUUGGGUCAUCCGUUUGGUGCCACUGGCUGCAGGCUAGUUACCACGGCGGCACACCGUCUGAAGAAGGAAGGAGGACAGUAUGCACUGGUGGCAGCCUGUGCUGCCGGAGGACAGGGACAUGCCAUGGUGGUGGAGGCGUACCCCCACUAAGCCUCUGAGAGUAUCACCUCUGACCCAGUCCUCAGCUUCGUUGUGAUUGCUGCACACGUACAGUUCUCACUAACCUCCACACAGCAGAUUGAUUGUACAUACUUACAAUUCAUAAGUCAGAUGUAAAAUAUGUACGUAUGAGGAACUAUGUGGAACUUUGCUCCAAGUCUCUUAAAUGACGUUGAGGAAAUCUGACGAUAAACUGUGUCAUACCAGGAUCUUCAUGGAGUCUAAUGAAAGUGCAGCAAAAUUAAAUCACCUAAAAGAGACAGGAUGGAGCUAAUGUUUAUAUGCGCCUUAAAAAGUUUCUAAGACUUGUUGAUAUUAAAUGAAGUAAUGUCAAACUG